AUAAUACGCAAAUAAAAAAAAAUUAUCUGUACAUCAUUAUUAUUAUUAAUUAAAAUGGGAAAUAAAGUAGCUACAUUUACCGAGGAACAACUAGAAGAUUAUCAAGAUUGCACUUUCUUUACUCGUAAAGAAAUCUUAAGAAUAUUUAAACGGUUUCGGGAUAUGGGAAAUCCUGGAACAGUUCCACGAUCCAUGACACCUCAACAAGCAUCGACACUUCGUAUACCACUAUCUUGUUUAACACGCAUACCAGAGUUAAAGGAAAAUCCGUUUAGACAACGAAUUUCAGAAGUAUUUACGAAUUGCAAAAAUUCGAGCCAAUCAACACACGAUGGAUCAAACGAAGGAAUUUGUUUUGAGGAAUUCCUUGACAUGAUGUCAGUUUUUUCGGAGCAGGCACCGCGGGAUUUGAAAGUCUUUUAUGCCUUUAAGAUUUAUGAUUUUGACGAAGAUGGAGUAUUGGGAAUGAGCGAUUUAGAAUGUACUUGUCGACAAUUGGUUCAAGAUGGUUUGAAUACCGAUGAAGUGGCUACUGUAUGUCGAAAAAUUUUGGAGGAAAGCGACAUUGAUGGCGAUGGUGUUUUAUCUUAUCUAGAAUUCGAACAUGUCGUAACGAGGGCCUCAGAUUUCAUGGCGAAUUUUCAUAUAAGAAUUUAAUUCUUAUUGCUUUCGAAAAUAAAAAAUAAAAUUUACUGCCAGUUAAUGAAA